AUGAGUCUAGGUCAUAUUAUACAAGUUUCUUUUUUCAUUAUUAAUUGGUUUAAUAUACGUAACAAAAAAGUUUUUAAACUCAAAACUGUUAAUACAGCAAGGGCUUCAGUAUCUGUUCAUCGCAAAGUAAUAGAAAGAUCUCUUUCACCAGCUCUAAGAUUAAAUAAUGAUAGAUCAAGUACCAGAAAAGACCAUUCAUCAUAUAACGAUAGGUUACAAAGUGAAGAAAGAGAACGUUCUCACGAGAUUAUCCUUCACGAUCAUCAAGUAUUAGAAGAGACCAUUCGCCAUACAACAAUAGAUAUCGAAACUUUUGAAACCUUAAAUAGAAAUGUACUGAAACUUACAGAAAAAGUUAACAAGCUUAAAAAAAGAAAUUCAUCCUUUUCUGAUAAUGAUAAUUGUCAACUCUCAUCAGAACUAAAAUCUGGAUAUAAACAGCAAUUUACUCUUAAAGACAUAACUGAAGAACAAUAUAAAGUAUUUCAUGAUAACGUUGUAACUGUUUUGGAAAGACUUGACGAAUCAUUGCAAUUAGAUUAUACUAAAAAAUGGACUGAGAUCAGUCAAGAUAUCUCAAGAAAUAUGAUCAAAGAGAUUGACAAAAAAAAGGAGCGAAAACAGAAAGGGCUUACAUAUAUAUUUAAUACAAAUGACGCAAUACUCACUGAACUCAGACUGAUAUGCAUAUUACAAGAAAAAUUUAAAGAAGAUUAUGAAACUAUAAUGAAUAAAGGAAAGUAUUAUAGUGAUGAAGUUUCUGAGACUGAUAAAGACCUCUGUGACAAAGAAAUAGACCAAUAUAUCAGACCAAAGAACAAGAAAAAAGGCAACAAACAUGUCCUACAUGUUUAUGAUAAAAAAUGGAGAUCAAGCUGUCUUCGAAGUCUACUCCACAAGAUAGAUAAAGUUGACAAGAAGAUUAGUCAUAUAAAAACAACAUGA